AUGAAGUUGCAACUCUUUGUUACUCUACUUCCUGUCGUGUUACCCCUGGUGCAUGGUGCCCCUGCUCGCAGGGAUACCCCCAACCCCGGUCUUCGUGGAAACGACUCGCUAGUUGGAUAUUCGCCAGACAAUAAGGGCGGCGGCGAGUCGCGUCCUGAAAUCAAAUAUACUCUUGUUCCUGGGCAGAAGGAAGAUCCUAAAAUCGGGUCAUAUCUCGAUUUUGAAAAAGCCGAUAAUCCGCAGCCGAUCCGUGGUCCCACGGGUUCUGAUGAUCCUGGUCCGAGAAACUAUUACUACGACAGAAUCAAUAGUGAUAAGCUAGCACCUCCCGGAACUGACCAUGGACAGACCAUCAAUGCGCAAUGGCCGAUGGGAUUGAGUCACAACAGACUUGGAAUAGAUGGAGCUGGUUGGGCUCGCCAAGAGAACACCAACGUGAUGCCGGAUGCGACACUCAUGGCCGGUGUCGAUAUGCGCCUGGCGCCUGCCGGUUACCGGGAACUUCACUGGCAUGUGGCUGCCGAAUGGUCAUUGGUGCUGAAUGGAUCGUGUCGAAUUCAGGCUGUGAACGAGAACGGAGAGACAUUUGUCGACGACCUUACUGCCGGCGAUGUGUGGUUCUUCCCACCUGGCGUGCCUCAUUCUAUUCAAGCUCUCGACGAUGGAGUCGAGUUCCUUCUGGUGUUCGACGACGGAGACUUUAGCGAGGAUAAUACAUUCCUCGCAACAGAGGUUUUCCUCCACACCCCGAAAGAGGUCCUCUCAAAGAACUUCGGAGUUGACAUCUCAGCCUUUGACAAGAUCCCUGACGACGAACUAUACAUUUUCAAGGGCACGCCCGCCCCAGCAGACAUUGAAAAACAAAACGUGACAACAACUGCUGGCCCCGUACCUCGCGCUCAGAGCUAUUCAUAUCAUUUCUCCGAGCAGCCGGCCCACGAAGUUGCGGGCGGUUCAGUCAAGAUCGUCGACCCGCUCACUUUCCCCAUUGCUAGCAACUUUUCCGCCGCUAUUGUUACCGUUCAUCCAGGCGGCAUGCGUGAAAUCCACUGGCAUCCAACUAGUGACGAAUGGACUUUCUUUAUUUCGGGACAGGGUCGCGCGACGCUUUUCACUGCCCCGAAUGCUGCGACUACAUUUGAUUUUGCUGGUGGUGAUGUUGGUUACUUCCCAAAGUCUAAUAGCCAUUAUAUUGAGAAUACGGGAGAUGAAGACUUGGUCUUUGUGGAGGUGCUCCAGGCGCCUGAGUUUACAGAUAUGGCUCUUGGUCAAUGGAUCGCGUCCACGCCGAAACAAAUCGUUGCCGAUACACUCAACCUCAGUGAGGACAUGCUGAACAACCUCAAGACUGAGAAACAAUUUGUUGUAGCUGGUCCUAGCAGUUAG